AGGUAGUGAGGAUAGGCGUGUGUGUGUGCUGUGACCCCCUGCCUGUCUGCCUCCCACUCUCUCCCACUGUCUCUUGGACCAUACCCCUGUGAGAGCUGCCUCUCUGUGCCGACGUCUCCUCGCCUAGCAGUGUCUGUCGGUGUGAAACCAUCUUCACAGCAGCGAUGAGUGACAGUAUCACGAGACUGGAAGCCACAGCGAACGAGACAAUAUCUCCACAGUUCUAGGAGCUGAGACCGAGUCUCUCCCAGCUGGCAGUAACGGUGGAGACAAUAUCUCCACAGUGCUAGGAGCUGAGACUCUCAGGGCUGGGUAGUGGUGAGAGCUGAACAACGUCAUCACAAGGAAGAUGAAAGUGUCAGCCUGGCUGGUCCUAAAGUGGGUUUUCGCCCUCAACACCAUCGUCAGCGGACAACAGGAGCUGAGGACAGCAGCUGUGAGCUUGGUGUGCAGCGGUGCUGGGGGAGAGUGUCUCAGGGGCCAGGCUGACUGUCCCAGCUUCCUCAGUCAGUACGAUCAGUACUGCCCCGAUGGUGCCCGCUGCUGCCUCAGUAAGAUGUGGUCAGCGUCACCCCGGACAGGAGAAAAGAGUGAGAACGCUGGGGAAACACCUGUUGAAGAUGGCAGCAGUAGCAGCCUGCUGCACGAAGGCAAGAAUACACACCUUAAAGGAAAUAUUGGCAAGGGUCGUCAUGGGGAAAUAAGGAACCAGGAGAAAGGUGACGUCAAACAACCCACCAGUGAUGUACAACGUCGAAACGCCUUGAACGCUCACAACAAGACACGCACCAAGAAAACGUCUUCAAGAGAAAGAAAGAAUAAUGAGGGUAAACCAGAACUCAAAGAAAUUAGAGAAAGUAAACUGUUAGACAGAAAUAAAAUUACGAAACUCCAUAGAAACAAAAGAGAAAAUAAACUCAGUGACAGGAAUCAACAUCACGCGGGCCCCACCGACCUGCAGAAACGACCCAUAGACCUGAAGGGACGACCACGACGCGACAUACACGACCACAAGAAAAAACUCCGCUUCAUAAUAGAGAGAAAACUCCGAAGUAGGAAAAACACAAAGAAAACGCUUCAUAACAUCACAGGGAGUGAACACUUUGCUAUGCUUGGAGGCCGGAUGAAGAAACCGUUGAACAAACAGAAGAAACAGUUGAACAAACAGAAGAAACCGUUGAACAAACAGAAGAGACCGUUGAACAAACAGAAGAAACCGUUGAACAAACAGAAGAAACCGUUGAACAAACAGAAGAAACCGUUGAACAAACAGAAGAAACCGUUGAACGAACAGAAGAAACCGUUGAACAAACAGAAGAAACCGUUGAACAAACAGAAGAGACUGUUGAACAAACAGAAGAAACCGUUGAACAAACAGAAGAAACUGUUGAACAAACAGAAGAAACCGUUGAAUAAACAGAAGAAACAGUUGAACAAACAGAAGAGACCGUUGAACAAACAGAAGAAACCGUUGAACAAACAGAAGAAACCGUUGAACAAACAGAAGAAACAGUUGAACAAACAGAAGAGACCGUUGAACAAACAGAAGAAACCGUUGAACAAACAGAAGAGACCGUUGAACAAACAGAAGAAACCGUUGAACAAACAGAAGAAACCGUUGAACAAACAGAAGAAACCGUUGAACAAACAGAAGAAACCUUUGAACAAACAGCAGAAACCGUUGAACAAACAGAAGAAACCGUUGAACAAACAGAAGAAACAGUUGAACAAACAGAAGAAACCCGUUGAACAAACAGAAGAAACCGCUGAACAAACAGAAGAAACCGUUGAACAAACAGAAGAAACCGUUGAACAAACAGAAGAAACCUUUGAACAAACAGCAGAAACCGUUGAACAAACAGAAGAAACCGUUGAACAAACAGAAGAAACAGUUGAACAAACAGAAGAAACCGUUGAACAAACAGAAGAAACAGUUGAACAAACAGCAGAAACCGUUGAACAAACAGAAGAAACAGUUGAACAAACAGAAGAAACCGUUGAACAAACAGAAGAAACCGUUGAACAAACAGAAGAAACCGUUGAACAAACAGAAGAAACCGUUGAACAAACAGAAGAAACCUUUGAACAAACAGCAGAAACCGUUGAACAAACAGAAGAAACCGUUGAACAAACAGAAGAAACAGUUGAACAAACAGAAGAAACCGUUGAACAAACAGAAGAAACCGUUGAACAAACAGAAGAAACCUUUGAACAAACAGCAGAAACCGUUGAACAAACAGCAGAAACCGUUGAACAAACAGCAGAAACCGUUGAACAAACAGCAGAAACCGUUGAACAAACAGCAGAAACCGUUGAACAAAGAGCAGAAACCGUUGAACAAACAGCAGAACCGUUGAACAAACAGAAGAAACAGUUGAACAAACAGAAGAAACCGUUGAACGAAUCAAGAACAAGAAACAAGAAUAACGGUAAACAGACCGUAAAUAACGCCAAAACACUGCCUCGGAGAAAGAAUGAGAAUAAUGAGAGGCAAACAACAGACAUCAAGAGAAAUAAGGGCAACAAGAUAACUAAAAUCAGCAACACAAAUGAGAAAAAUAAGAAAAAUAAGAAAGUGAAACAGGAGAGGAAUGGAAAAAUUAAACCCAAGAAAAAAAAUGUGAAUACAAAAAUAAAAUACAGAAAAACAUAUGAGGGAAAUAGAAGAACAACAGAGAAUAAGAUAAACAAGAAUAAGACAAACAAGAAGAAUAAGAUAAACAAACAGAAUAAGACAAACAAGAAUAAUAAGACAAACAAGAAUAAUAAGAUAAACAAACAGAAUAAGAUAAACAAGGAGAAUAAGACAAACAAGAAGAAUAAGAUAAGAAAGAAUAUUAAGAUAAACAAGAAUAAACCAAACAAGAAGAAUAAGGCAAAAAAGAAGAAGACAAACAAGAGGAAGAAUAAGACAAACAGGAAUAAGAAAAAUAAGAUAAAUAAAGUAAAGAAGAAGAAAAACAAGAAGAAAAAGAAAAACAACAAGAAGGGAAUCAAGAAGAAGAAGAAGACAAACAAGAAGAGGACACAAGCGAAUCUUGAGCAUAGGGGCAGAGAUAAUAAAGAGUGCAAGCCCCGGAGACGAUGCACCAAGCGAGGAGGGUACUGCAGGACUUCGUGUUCAGCCGGCGAGAGCGAGUACACGAAAGGAUGUGAAGGAAGGAGCUGCAAGUGUUGUGUUGCUGGCUCAGAAUGCAAGACAAAGAAAAAGUGCCAAAAAAAAGGUGGCCAAUGCAAGAAGAAGUGUUCAGAGGGAGAGACUGAGGUGAAGAAGGGCUGUGGAGGAGACAAGUGCCAGUGUUGUGUGGUGGGCGGUGGAGGGUGCGAGAUGAAGAAGAAGUGCGCUAAGAAGGGAGGUUCCUGCAAGAGUCAGUGUGAGAGGAGGGAGACGGAGGUCAAGAAGGGCUGUAAAGGGCGGAAUUGCAAGUGUUGUGUGGUGGCCGGUGGAGAGUGCGAGAUGAAGAAGAAGUGCGUUAAGAAGGGAGGUUCCUGCAAGAACAAGUGUUCAAGGGGGGAGUCAGAGGUCAAGAAGGGCUGUAAAGGGCGGAAUUGCCAGUGUUGUGUGGUGGCCGGUGGAGGAAAAACUCCAAGACCAUCAACACCUUCAGGGUCAUCAACAUCUUCAGAGUCAUCAACAACGUCAGGGUUAUCAACAACUUCAGGGUCAUCAACAACUUCAGGGUCAUCGACAACUUCAGGGUCAUCAACAUCUUCAGAGUCAUCAACAACUUCAGGGUCAUCAACAACUUCAGGGUCAUCAACAUCUUCAGAUUCAUCAACAACUUCAGGGUCAUCAACAACUUCAGGGUCAUCAACAACUUCAGGGUCAUCAACAUCUGCAGGGUCAUCAACAACUGCAGGGUCAUCAACAACUGCAGGGUCAUCAACAACUGCAGGGUCAUCAACAACUGCAGGGUCAUCAACAACUGCAGGGUCAUCAACAACUGCAGGGUCAUCAACAACUGCAGGGUCAUCAACAUCUUCAAGACGACGAACGUCAACAAUCAUAUCAAACACAACCAAGAAUCCUUCAACCAACACGACUUUUAAUAGAAAAACUACCACUAAACAACCAACUACCACGACGACCCAUAAACAACCAACUACCAAGACGACCCAUAAACAACCAACUACCAAGACGACCCAUAAACAACCAACUACCAAGACGACCCAUAAACAACCAACUACCAAGGCGACCCAUAAACAACCAACUACCAAGACGACCCAUAAACAACCAACUACCAAGACGACCCAUAAACAACCAACUACCAAGACGACCCAUAAACAACCAACUACCAAGACGACCCAUAAACAACCAACUACCAAGGCGACCCAUAAACAACCAACUACCAAGACGACCCAUAAACAACCAACUACCAAGACGACCCAUAAACAACCAACUACCAAGACGACCCAUAAACAACCAACUACCAAGACGACCCAUAAACAUCCAACUACCAAGACGACCCAUAAACAACCAACUACCAAGACGACCCAUAAACAACCAACUACCAAGACGACUCAUAAACAACCAACUACCAAGACGACCCAUAAACAACCAACUACCAAGACGACCCAUAAACAACCAACUACCAAGACGACCCAUAAACAACCAACUACCAAGACGACCCAUAAACAACCAACUACCAAGACAACCCAUAAACAACCAACUACCAAGACGACCCAUAAACAACCAACUACAAGAACGACCCAUAAACAACCAACUACCAAGACGACCCAUAAACAACCAACUACCAAGACGACCCAUAAACAACCAACUACCAAGACUACCCAUAAACAACCAACUACCAAGACGACCACUACAACACCAGCUGCCACAAAGAGCACUCAAAAAACAAACACUACGACCACACCACAAGCAACCUCCACUAAGGCAUCUACCACACGACCAACACAUCCUGGUACCCCAACACAUCCAGGUACUCCAACACCUCCUGGUACUCCAACACAUCCAGGUACUCCAACACAUCCAGGUACUCCAACACAUCCAGGUACUCCAACACAUCCUGGAACUCCAACACAUCCAGGUACCCCAACACAUCCAGGUACCCCCACACAUCCAGGUACUCCAACACAUCCUGGUACUCCAACACAUCCAGGUACCCCAAUACAUCCAGGUACCCCAACACAUCCAGGUACUCCAACACUUCCAGGUACUCCAACACAUCCUGGUACUCCAACACAUCCAGGUACCCCAACACAUCCAGGUACUCCAACACAUCCAGGUACUCCAACACUUCCAGGUACUCCAACACAUCCUGGUACUCCAACACAUCCAGGUACCCCAACACAUCCAGGUACCCCAACACAUCCAGGUACCCCAACACAUCCAGGUACCCCAACACAUCCUGGUACUCCAACACAUCCAGGUACUCCAACACAUCCAGGUACCCCAACACAUCCAGGUACUCCAACACAUCCAGGUACUCCAACACAUCCUGGUACUCCAACACAUCCAGGUACCCCAACACAUCCAGGUACCCCCACACAUCCAGGUACUCCAACACUUCCAGGUACUCCAACACAUCCUGGUACUCCAACACAUCCAGGUACCCCAACACAUCCAGGUACCCCCACACAUCCAGGUACCCCAACACAUCCAGGUACCCCAACACAUCCAGGUACCCCAACACAUCCAGGUACCCCAACACAUCCAGGUACCCCAACACAUCCUGGUACUCCAACACAUCCAGGUACAACACAUCCAGGUACCCCAACACAUCCAGGUACCCCAACACAUCCAGGUACCCCCACACAUCCAGGUACCCCAACACAUCCAGGUACUCCAACACAUCCAGGUACUCCAACACAUCCAGGUACCCCAACACAUCCAGGUACCCCCACACAUCCAGGUACCCCAACACAUCCAGGUACUCCAACACAUCCAGGUACCCCAACACAUCCAGGUACCCCAACACAUCCAGGUACCCCCACACAUCCAGGUACCCCAACACAUCCAGGUACUCCAACACAUCCAGGUACUCCAACACAUCCAGGUACUCCAACACAUCCAGGUACCCCAUCACAUCCAGGUACCCACACACAUCCAGGUACCCCAACACAUCCUGGUACUCCAACACAUCCAGGUACCCCAACACAUCCAGGUACCCCAACACAUCCAGGUACUCCAACACAUCCUGGUACUCCAACACAUCCAGGUACUCCAACACAUCCUGCUACUCCAACACAUCCAGGUACUCCAACACAUCCUGGUACUUCAACACAUCCAGGUACCACCACACAUCCUGGUACCCCAACACAUCCAGGUACUCCAACACAUCCAGGUACUCAAACACAUCCAGGUACUCCAACACAUCCAGGUACCCCCACACAUCCUGGUACUCCAACACAUCCAGGUACUCCAACACAUCCUGGUCCUCCAACACAUCCAGGUACUCCAACACAUCCAGGUACUCUAACACAUCCAGGUACUCCAACACAUCCAGGUACUCCAACACAUCCAGGUACUCCAACACAUCCAGGUACCCCAACACAUCCAGGUACUCCAACACAUCCAGGUACCCCAACACAUACAGGUACCCCAACACAUCCAGGUACUCCAACACAUCCAGGUACCCUAACACAUCCAGGUACCCCAACACAUCCAGGUACCCCCACACAUCCAGGUACCCCAACACAUCCAGGUACUCCAACACAUCCUGGUACUCCAACACAUCCUGGUACUCCAACACAUCCAGGUACUCCAACACAUCCAGGUACCCCAACACAUCCAGGUACUCCAACACAUCCAGGUACUCCAACACAUCCUGGUACUCCAACACAUCCAGGUACCCCAACACAUCCAGGUACUCCAACACAUCCAGGUACUCCAACACAUCCUGGUACUCCAACACAUCCAGGUACCCCAACACAUCCAGGUACCCCCACACAUCCAGGUACCCCAACACAUCCAGGUACUCCAACACAUACAGGUACCCCCACACAUCCAGGUACCCCAACACAUCCAGGUACCCCAACACAUCCAGGUACUCCAACACAUCCAGGUACUCCAACACAUCCAGGUACUCCAACACAUCCUGGUACUCCAACACAUCCAGGUACCCCAACACAUCCAGGUACUCCAACACAUCCAGGUACUCCAACACAUCCAGGUACCCCAACACAUCCAGGUACCCCAACACAUCCAGGUACUCCAACACUUCCAGGUACUCCAACACAUCCAGGUACUCCAACACAUCCAGGUACCCCAACACAUCCAGGUACUCCAACACAUCCAGGUACCCCAACACAUCCAGGUACUCCAACACAUACAGGUACCCCCACACAUCCUGGUACUCCAACACAUCCAGGUACCCCAACACAUCCAGGUACUCCAACACAUCCAGGUACUCCAACACAUCCAGGUACUCCAACACAUCCAGGUACCCCAACACAUCCUGGUACUCCAACAAAUCCUGGUACUCCAACACAUCCAGGUACCCAAACACAUCCUGGUACUCCAACACAUCCAGGUACCCCAACACAUCCAGGUACCCCAACACCUCCAGGUACUCCAACACAUCCAGGUACUCCAACACUUCCAGGUACCCCAACACAUCCAGGUACCCCAACACAUCCUGGUACUCCAACACAUCCAGAUAUAAGACGACACAUACAUCAACAAUGCUGGAGAAGCGUGGGCGGCCACGCUAAGACCACGAAGGCCACGGAGGCCACGGAGACCACGGAGGCCACGGAGACCACGGAGGCCACGGAGACCACGGAGACCACGGAGACCACGGAGGCCACAGAGACCUAA